AUGGAACGCUCCAAUGCUUCAACUUUCAAUGAAAAGUUGGAAUUUAUGGAGUUGGAACUUCUCCGUCAAUACUCUGAAGAUGACCCAAACAUUGCCGAUGCAAAGCACAAUUUGUCAAUUAUACGUCACCAAUUCAAGCAGAAAUGGUCAGCUGCCCGCAACACCAAAGCCAGAUUCCUAGAAGCGAACAAAGAAUGGCUCAAGGGCACCAUAUCGCUACCAAAAGCAGCUGGGCUUACCCAGGCCCAAUACGAAGUGGUUCGAGACACGAAUCCAGGCUUUUACCCAUGCUAUUCGAUUCUAAAGAAGUUGAAGAAAGAAUGUUACCCUGAAAUCCACAGCAUAACUGAGACCUGUGCCGAAGUAAGGGUACAAAGCUUAAUGGAUCACACCAUCAAGCGAUUAUUGUUGCAUCUUGGUGAGGAGGUCUUGGAGCAACUGACUGAAUCUGAAAAGCAAUCCUUUCUGCUCAUCAGCAAAUGGGGCUGUGACGGAUCUCAGCAGAUUCAAUAUAAAAUGAAAUUUGCAAAUGAGACAGAUUCCGACGCCAACAUUUUUCAAAGUUCUGUCGUUCCGCUCCAACUAGUCUAUGGAACGGAAAGAAAAAUUAUAUGGCAAAACCCAACUCCGUCAUCACCACGAUAUUGCAGACCAAUACGCAUACGAUUUGUGAAAGAAAACACUGACGUGACUAAUGAGGAAAUUGAGUACGUAGAAAAUCAAAUAAAAGAACUGAGCAAGACCAAGAUCGACGACAUAUCCGUCAAACACAAAAUAGUUUUUACCAUGGUGGACGGCAAGGUAUGUAACGCAGCAACCCAUACCAAGUCAACCAUGCGAUGUUACAUAUGUGGCGCCACAUCCUCCGAUUUCAACGACCUUACAAAAGAAAGACCCUGCAAUACGGAAAACAUGCGAUUUGGUCUAUCUUUGCUGCACGCUCGAAUAAGAUUUUUGGAGAGCAUACUGCAUGUAGCCUAUAAAUUACCAGUCAUGAAGUGGAGGGCUCGCCUGACUGCCGAAGAGAAGAAACUAGUUGAGACACGAAAAAAAGAAAUCCAAACCAAGUUUCGUGAACAACUGGGAUUAUUAGUAGAUAUUCCAAAAGCUAACUUUGGAAACACAAAUGAUGGGAAUACCAGCAGGCGAUUUUUCGAUAAAUACGAGAAAGCUGCAGAAAUAACUGGGAUUGACCAGAAUUUAAUCUACCGAUUAAAAGUCAUCCUAGACACCAUGUGCUGCGGGAUAAAAAUUAACAUCAACAAAUUCGAAAUUUACUGCAAAGAAACUGCUGAAUUGUACGUUUCUUUGUACAAGUUUCAUCCAAUGUCGCCGACAUUACAUAAGGUGUUGAUUCAUGGGGCAGCCGUGAUAAAAGAGGCGAUUCUGCCAAUCGGGCAAUUGACUGAAGAAGCUGCAGAAGCCCGCAAUAAGCACAUCCGAGCGUUUCGGCUAAACUACGCCCGAAAAUUUUCGAGAGUAGCCUGCAACACAGACGUUUUAAAUAGGUUGCUCUUAACAUCAGACCCCUUGCUGACGGGAAUGAGGAACUCUAAACAUAAAAGAAAGAGUCCUCUUUCAGCGGAUACCAUGAAUCUUUUGGAGGAAAAUGAUAUUUGCAAUAUUAGUAUUGAAAAUGACUCUGAAGAUGAUGAAAAUUAG